UACUUCCGGUGUUAAGCGCUGGGUUGGCGGAGGAAGGCGGCUGCUUUUCUUGGAGGAUCUUAUAGACUCCUCCCAGAAGAUCUUCUCUCCUCCUUUCUCCGCAAGGAAGGCCGCCUCUCCUCCUGCCGCCUCCAGGAGAAGGACCGAGGAGGAAAGACAGAGGAAGGAGGAGGAAAGAGCUGGGAUUCCCAUAGGGCAGAAGAGGAGCUCAAUCAGAGAGAAAAAAGGUUUUGCAAUAGAGGACAAAAGUGCUCCUCUGCACUGAAAAUAUUUCAUUUUAAAAUAAAUUGCUGGUCCUUAGGAAUGUAUCCUGGACAGCUGCAGCUGUAGUUAUUUUAUAUUAUUUUUAAUAUUUCUAAACCGAUUUUUAAAAAUAAAAAAAUCUCACAAGUGGAACGCAGAUAAAAUUAAAAGAGAGGAGCUGGUCUGUGACCGUAAUAAUAAAUUAAUUCAUUAAAAGAGAGAACACAGAUAAAAUUCACAGGCCCAUGUGGAAACCAAUAUGCCUAAAACCAUCAUUUCUAAAAACAAAAAUAGCUAAGUAAUAAAUACAUUUACUCCCACUGUUCUUUGCUUCUUUCCUCCCUCUCAGCUUCUCUUUUUGGCUGCUUUGAAAUAUGCUGGGACAAAGUAUGUGAAAGGGUUUUUAAAAAAUCCAAUAGACAUGGACAAACCUUUCAAUUUUAGUUUUAUCACUAUGUUUCAUUUUCCCCAGUUAAAUUUAAGUUGCUUUUAGUUGCCCACGUUUUGACAUAUGAAACAAAAGGACCUCUUGAAAAUUUAGUUAGUAUUUUAGUUCCAAUUUUUCUCUUAUAUUUGCCCUAAUGCAAUGCAUUUCUGUAUAUAAUUUCCCCUAAAAUUAUGCAUUGCUGUGCGCUCUUUCCCUUUGAACAGGUGUAGAAAAUCUUUUAUCACCCAGCAGGGCAGAUCCAGAUCUUUUCUCCCCACACUCAACUGUAGGCUAACUUUGGUGGGUGGGUGACCUUCAUGGGGUCAAAGAAUGCAGCCUAAGAAUGGAAACCUUAAUGCAUCUGUUCCCUUUGUAACUUACAAUAUUUUUCUUCUGGCCUGUUUUUCUGUUUGAAAUUUUCUGGAUCCUAUAUCCAGGAUACCAGAUUAGAGUCUAGUACCACUUAUCUAAGGCCAGCAGUUUCACUCUGGACUGAUAGCUGUGUUUUUCAUGUCAGUUAAAUGGCCGUGACUUUAGGUCAGCUGGUGGAGUUAGGACAGGCCAGCAUUGAUUAAGUUGUAGAUAAUCAUGACCUUGCAUAUUCUUUUACUGAGUAGACAUAAGUUGUAUAUUCAUAUUUUGAAUUUCCAGAACCAUUGUUUGCAUAUGCUGUUGGUUAUUUCCCCCUCAUUUCUCCACAUUUUCUCAAUGUGUAAUGUGCCAUUGGUUUCUCUUUCGUAAUAUUGCAGUUGGAAAUUUGUAAUGCAUUUACUGGUCUUGACAUAUUCAAAAUAAAUCUCUUCAAACACACGUUACGCUAGGCAUAGGCAAACUCCAGCCCUCCAGAUGUUUGGGACUACAAUUCCCAUCAUCCCUAGCUAACAGGACCAGGGAGGAUGGGAAUUGUAGUCCCAAACAUAUGGAGGGCUGGAGUUUGCCUAUGCCUGUGUUACGCUUUCAGGGCCUGUUUGCUAAUUUGGGCAAAUUUUAUCUUCAAUGUUUUCAUUCAGCCAACACUUCCCUUUCACAGGCUGUACAAUCUCAUCUGAGCUACAGUGUGGAUCCUCCCUACGUUACCCUGGAGAGGAAGCGACCACCAUGUGCCCUGCUCAGGGGUCGGUGAGCUUCAAGGAGGUUGCCGUGAAUUUCACUGACGAGGAAUGGGCCCUGCUUGAUCCAGGUCAGAGAGCUCUGUAUGAUGAGGUCAUGCUAGAGAUCCAUGAGAUGGUGGCCUCUCUGGGAGACGUUUGGGGGAUCCUGGCUGAGGGGGACCCAUCAGAAGUGCCGCCUGAAACAGCUGAGGAGCAAAAGAAGCUGGGGGUUCAAGAUGGAACCAACACACAAGAGGGGAGACAAAUGCAGAAGGCAGGGAGUGAAUCUGCCGCCUCUCAGGUUAACGGAAAUCAAAUCACCAGAGAGGAGAGGAAGUAUGAAUGUAAAGUGUGUGGAAAGAUGCUUGCUUCUUGCUCAAGGCUUACUUCACAUCAGAGACUGCGCUCAGGUGAAAAACCACACGAAUGCAAGGAGUGUGGGAAAAGCUUCAGUUGGAGUGGCCCUCUUGAGCUCCAUCAAAGAACUCUUACAGGCGGGAAACCGUAUAACUGUUUGGAGUGCGGGAAGAGCUUUGGUGACCGUAGCAGCCUCACUAGACAUAAAAGAACGCACACCGGGGAAAAAGCUUACAAAUGUUUGGAGUGUGGAAAGAGCUUUAGGGAAGGUUACUCCCUUACUCAGCAUCAAAGAACUCAUACAGGGGAGAAACCCUAUAAAUGCUUGGAGUGUGGGAAGAACUUUGGUCGCCUAGGCUCCCUUACGUUGCAUCAAAGAAGCCAUACAGGAGUGGAUUCUUACAUAUGUUUGGAAUGUGGAAAGAGUUUCUAUCAGAGUAGGCACCUCGCAAGACAUAAGAGAACACACACAGGGGAGAAACCUUUCGGAUGCUGGGAGUGUGGGAAGAGCUUCAGUGACAGUGGCUCCCUCACUAGACAUAAAAGAACUCACACAGGGGAAAAGCCUCACGAAUGUUUGGAGUGUGGGAAGAAUUUCAGUCGCAGCUGCAACCUUACUUUGCAUCAAAGAAGUCACACAGGGGAAAAGCCUUAUGAAUGUUUGGAAUGUGGAAAGAGCUUCGUUCGGAGUAGUCACCUCACUAGACAUAAAAGAACUCAUACAGGAGACAAAUGUUCGUAUGAGUGUCUGGAGUGUGGAAAGAGCUUUAGUCGCAGUAGCUAUCUUACUCACAUCUUAGGCUUGGAGUGUGAAAAGAUAAUGAUUAGUCCUACCAAGAGCUCCUACGAAGACCAGGGCAAAUACUGUGCUCAGUGUUAGAAUUCACUACUGUAUCUUUGGUUAAUUUUGUACUCUAUUUGUUUAACUCCAGUUUUGUUACAAUAGACAGUUGCUUAGUCUGUUGAGCCCCAUUUGCCUUCUAUUGUUGGGGAGAGAAGGGUUUUUGCUCUGAACCUUCCUGUUCAGCCAGUGUCUGUAAGGGGCAGGAGUCCGAGCAGUAGGCAGGGAGGCAGGUAUUGAUAGAGGCAAGCAAAGAGGGAGAAUAAUUAUAUAAAAAAGAACAAUGAUAGCAACAGAUGAAAAAGGUGAAAAACAAAAGCAUAAGAUAGGCAUGUAGAAUGAGUAGUGGCACAUGAGUUAAAAUAGCAAAGACCAACUAAAGACUAUCACUUUUAUCAGAUCAUCAUGUAUAGUUCCAUCUUCGCCAGGCUUGUGUUGAGGGUUUCCUUGAAAAUGAAAUGAUAAAUCACAUUUUUAAAUGUCUGGACGUUCUAGUCCUUUUCAAAAUUUUGAGGAACUUUCUCCAUUUUAGCUAUACUCCAGAGUGAGUGCAAGCUUUUGGGUUGUUUUCCCUUGUGUUUUAAUUACUUUGUGCUGCCCAGAUCCUAUAUGAGGCCAAUUAUUUUGACAUUGGUAUCAUCAAAAAUAUUCUGUAACAUUUUGGACAACGAACAAUAGCUCCUCUAUUAAUAGUUAUCAUUUCUGUCAAAAUUGAAUUUCAAAAAUCUCGCACUAACUGACAUUCCCACUAUAAGUGAUAAUGUGUACCAAGUUUAUUGCAAACCCUCCAAACAAUUUCGUUACGCAGAAUAAAACAUUUUUGGCAUUUGCAAAUAAGUCCUGUACCACCUGUGUAAUAAUAAGGCAUUUUCCCUAAGAAAACUGGAAACCAGUUUUAAGGGUCUAAUCUGAUUUUACAAGUAUUUUAUCAUCCCCACACUGAUCAUGUAGAUAUGUUAACUAAUGAUAUUUUUAAUCAAAGUUGAACACACGUCCAAGUAUCACCCAACCUCCAAAUUGCAGCCUAGUCUUAUUCUGGUAUUCCAUUUUUCAGUUAUGAAAACGGAAGUGUCGUAGUGGCAGAAAGGAUGUGAGGGGAGACAGUCUUUGUGCUGACCACCUCCAUCGCAAGGGAGUUACUGCCAGGAACAUCAUGUGCAGGUGUAUUUUGAUGCAUUAAAUAGAAUGAAAGUUUAUGAGUCAUAAAGGAGGGGAGAGCACAUGUACAAAUUCAACACUUUGUUCUGUUGCUGUUCUGUUAAUGUUGUUAAUACUGUUUUACAGAUAUGGAUGCUGUCAUACUCUAUGAAUCCUAUAAUAUGAUUCUUGGUGUAACUGUGAUGUUUAGCUUAUUUUUUAGUUGUUUUGUUAAUAGUGUUACAUAGAUGGUAAUUGUUUUAUUUAAGAUUUGUGAUUGUUUGACUGAUGAUUUGUAAAGUAUUCUAUACGAUUUAUGCUGUGAUGUUCCAUUAUGUUAUUUUUAUCUUUCGUUUAUAAACCGCUUUGGGAUUUAUUUGAAUAAAAAGCGGCAUAGAAAUAGAAUCGA